AUGGCCCAGAACAUUGGCAGUGGAAUCAACUCGGUCAUUAGUGACAUCACCAGCGUCGGUGGAGACAUCACGUCAUUUGCAGGUGGUGUUGCGAGCACGGUCACGAGCGGCGCAGUGCUUGGCUACAGCUACGUCACGAGCGAGGGACGCCAGAUUGUCACCACCGUCACGUCGGGUGCCGCUGGAGCCUUUGGUGAGCCAAUCUUCCACUCUGCGAAUCGCCCGUCUUGCCAUUCAAAGAAUGCUCAAUCUGCUCCUGUGAAAUUUCCAUCUGCUCCUGUGAAAUUUCCAUAGAGACGGUGACUUCGGGCGGAUCGCGCUACUUUGGAACCGUGACCAGUGGUGCAGAGGGCGCGUUCAGCACGGCCACAAGUGGUGCCGCCAGUGUCGCAACGGUCGUCACGAGUGGAGCCGGCGGUGCUGCGACGACAAUCACGAGCGCCGUGAGGACCGACGGUGCCGUCGCGCUGAUGCCCUUUGGAAGCGGUCAGUCGAUGGGUCUUAUUGCGCUCGUCUUGGCGGGCGUGGCCGGCAUGGGCGCCGUGGCUCUGUAGGAACGCUUUUCCCUUUAGAACGUUACACGGACCCACGAUUCAAUGGCUUGUUGUACCGCGAGCGAAAUGGAAACGCAGCUUCGACUUUCUUUGUCUCGGACAUGCAAGCAAAUCACUAUUUAGAUGCCGAA